GGGAGACGAAGCGAAAUGGCAGCGGCGGCGACCGGGUGGAGUCCGGGGGAGCCCGGCCUCGAGUGGGAUUCUCUUCUCUUCAGUGAAAUUGGUGAUCUGAUAGAAGAUGGACUUCAGCUAGAUGUAGAGAAUGACACUUAUGAAAACAACCUUUGUGACCUUGACUUCGAUUUAGAGCUGAUGUCUUGGGAUGCAGAUACGUUAGAUGUUUCAAAGGAGGAGAUCCCAGCAGGUGCCGAUUGGAAAGCACAGCCCCUGUCGCCAGCCACUUCAACAGAUUCAGUUCCUUCUCCUUUGUCUGUGGAUUCCCCAGUACAACACGUACCUGAAGGCGUAGAGUUGGGCUCCAGUUCUCAUCCAUCUCCUGUUUCUUUGUAUGGCAAGAGCUCUCGAAGUCCCUCCUUAGCUGUAGAACGAAAGGAGAAGAAACCCCCACCCAAAACCAUACAUCACUCUGCGCAUGGAUCUUCAGUGGCUCCUAAUCGAUGCAACCCACUAGCCUCCAAACCUUUGAUUCAGCCUAAGCUUCUGCUACCUGCCUUUCGGGAGACUCAGGCCAGGCUCAGUGUUCAGGCCAAAGCCAUUGUCAUUCCAGCUCUUCCAACAAUCCUGACACUGCCAAAGCAGCCACCCGUUGUCGCUAUCCAGCCAGCACCUCCUAAAGGUCGGCCAGUGAUACUUUCUCAGUCGGCUGUGGUGCAUCUUCAAACACCAGGACUCCUUUCCACUGCCAACCCAGCCAUUGCUGUCACUGGUGGAGUCACACCCCUACCAGGUCACACCGUUAGUGUUUUGUCGCAAACUGCAGGGAAGAGUUUGGCCAAUGGAAACCUACCAGAAACUAAGCCUGUUCUUCAUGCCACAUCUCCAAAUACCAGCAUGGAUAUGAGUGUUCUGAAACGGCAGCAACGCAUGAUAAAAAACCGAGAGUCAGCCUGUCAGUCGCGCAGGAAGAAGAAGGAAUACAUGCUGAGCUUGGAGGGUAGGCUGAAGGCAGCCCUGUUGGAGAAUGAUCACCUCAAGAGAGAGAAUGGCUCACUGAAGAGGCAGCUGGAUGAGCUGGCAGUGCAGAACCAGAGUCUCAAAGGUUCCCCUCCAAAGAGAAGAGCGCUUUGCGUGAUGGUGCUGCUAGGCUUUGUUAUGCUGAGUUACGACAGACUAAGUGUGUUUGAAUGGGGCUCCCGCUCUACUGAAUUUCCUCCCAGCCCUGCCCACCAGAGCAGGCAUCUUCUGGAAUUCUCUGCUGGCGCUCCUCAGGAAACAGAUGGCAAGCAUAAUGAUGGGUUGACGCAUUCUGUUUCGGAUAACAAAGCACUGAUGGUUGUUACCGAGGAGCCAAUCAUAUACAUUUCUCCCCCACCUUGCCAGCCAUUGAUCAACCGGACAGAGUCACUCAGGUUGAGUCAUGAGCUGCGAGGAUGGGUUCAUAGACAUGAAGCUGAAAGGACAAGAUCAAGGAGGAUGUCAAACAAUCACCAGCCAAAAGCUCAGGUGGUCCAGAACCCUUCAGGACAAAAGGCAAAUUCUGAGCUGAUGGCCCUUCCCUACACAGAUAACAGUGUUGGCAGGAACUCAGGGAGUGAACUACAAGUUUAUUAUGCUUCACCACAGAAUUACCAAGAUUUCUUCGAAGCACUUCACAGAAGGGGAGAUACAUUCUACGUGGUGUCAUUUCGUAGGGAUCACCUGUUGUUGCCUGCUACCACCCAUAAUAAGACCAGGCGGCCGAAGAUGUCCAUAGUGUUGCCAGCAAUAAACAUCAGUGAGAAAAUAAUUAAUGGCCAAGACUACGAAGUCAUGAUGCAGAUAGACUGUGAAGUGAUGGACACCAGGAUUUUGCACAUCAAAAGCUCCUCCAUCCCUCCCUACCUUCGAGAACAGCAGAGGAACCAAACAACAUCCUUCUACAGCUCUCCUCCCACUGUCCCGGAGGCAGCUCCUGCUGUGAGAGCCAUCACUGAGUCACCCCAGUAGGCUCCUGAAGUCCAACUUGAUACCCAGAAGGACGGUUUGCCCUUGCCCUUUUGGGUUUGCCAAGGGAGCAUCCAGCCUUGGACAAGCACCUACCACAGUCAGCUGGAGGAUACUCGAUCUUCCAGUAAUGAAAGAGGAGGACUUUCUGCCCUCAGUCCUAGCCACAAGAGCACUCCUCCCCCAGUCCAUCGAAAGGGCUGGACACCAUUUUUAUUGUUUCGUUACUAACUUCUGUUCCACUCUCAUAUGCAGAGUGCUCCAAAUCAGGCUUUUGUGGUGUGUUCAUAGCUGAUUCCAAAUUAAGAUCUUUUAAAGCACUCUUUUAAGACCUUACAGCCUUGGACCCCACCCACUUUGUGUUUGCUCCAUUAUUUCAUUCAACCUCCAGACAACUGGUAUAUCAUAAAUAGGCCUUGCAGGGCAAUCACUUUAUUGUGCAAUAAUUGCCCAGCUCUUGAGCAUUUGCUGCCUUGGAGAUAGAUGUUUUGGUGAUGCCAUCUUUUAUCCAUCAUUCAGAUGUGUAAUACAUUGCUGCUGUGAAAACGCGAUUCUUUCCCUAGCUGGUGGGUGCUGCAGAUGUUUGGAGUGCUGUCUGGAAUGUGGUUGGACACAUUUCCUGGCCUGAGGAGGCCUCUCUUCACUCUUAACACCAGCCGGCAAAUUGGGAGCUGGCUAGUCUCGAGGCAUUUAGGAGGAGCCCCUUUUCAGUUAAACACACACUUGCAAAGAAACACAACGCCCAGCAGCCAAUGUUCAGGCUAAACUUAUGUUCAGGCUUACUUAACAAGUGCAGCUGGUCCUGAGGCUAAUCUAUUUCAGGUCUCCUGUGAGUCCUCUCUUUGCAUGCCAAGUGCUCCUUCUCUCAUCCAUUUAGUCUUUUAUAAGCUGGUGGUUAUUACCUGUGUACUGACUUUGCAUUUGAAUUGGGAGAUGCAGGAGAAUCCUGCAAAUGCUAAGUAAUAGGAGUGCUAUUUGAACUGAUCAUCUGGAUAAGCUCAUAGAACAGUCCAUGCAGUGGCCAAGGAUUUGCAAAAGGGAUCCAAAGUAAAGGUGUUCUGGGGAGCAAUUGUAGCUUCUACCCUCUUGGGGGAUGGUUAAGCAAAUGCCCAUUCACCACGCAGAAGGGGCUACCAAAGCCAGAGUCAGUAAAAUGUUCGGAGUGCCAGGCCAAUGAGAGCAGGUUCUCUACCUUUCCCUCCCCCCUCCUACUCCAUUGGAGUACUUGGGCAUACUGAGUACCCAUACUGGGCAUAUAGAAUGCCCAUUUUGGGGUGUGCUUUGAAAUCGUUGGUUGGGAGAAGGGGGAAUGUGUUGCUUGUUGUAGAGCAAGAGUUGGCAAUACACUGCCCCUGCUGCCCCAGUGCACCCCUACAGCCCACCACUGCCUCGCCCCCAUUUAAAAAAAUAAAUAAAUUUGCCAACAAAAUGGUACUCUUGAGGAAGCUACAAAGCUCUAAAAAGGUCCAAUAUACCUGGCAGACAAGCUAAAUGUAGCCCUUUUAGCACUACUAAUUUGGUGGCAAACCCGCUAUUGUUUUUGAAAAAAAACCAACCUCCCCAGUGUAGCCCGUUGGAGGGAGGGGGCAAAAAUGCCCCCCAGAGCUCCAGCAGUUGCCCACCCUUGUUGGAAAGGAUAUGGCUUGCAGUAAGAAAUGAUAAAUGGAAAAGGGGCCUUCUCCCUGGAGAAAAGUAGUUCCUGGUCAGGUGCAGCAAGAAUAAGUCACAAGCAAAGCUGCCCAGGCCUCUUCGUGUUGAAGUUUGGUCCACCUUGCUGUGUGCCUUUAAAAUGUAGUCUCCAGUCCAGACCUUACAGCCUUGGACUCCAGAUCAGACCAUCAUACCUACCACGUGGAUGCAAAGAGCCUGUUUGUGCAUUGCACUCUCUCGUUCAUUUCUGCAAAUAGCACUGGCACGAGUGGCAUGUCAAAUAAGCAUAGAAAAGAAGUAGCAGUGGAAGCCUCCAUGAGCAGGGUGUGCUGGAACAGAGAAAUCCCUGCUUCUAGAAGCUGUUACCAUCACUUCUGUAGCUAUGAGUUGACUCACGGGUGCAUGUAGACUCCUUGAUGGCUGGCAGCAGAAUGUAUGGACCAAUUCCAUUGAAUUUGAGGGGAAUGAAAGUUCUAGCCGUUGGGAGUGUAAGUGCUGAUGGCAUCCAAAUAGAUGCAUCACUUGGACGUUGCAGUCAUCAGGUUAAGUACAAUCAUUAAACUUAUCUUAGAUUGCACCGCUCAUAGGACUACGCCACUCCCAGGCUCAAUUAUGUAUACAAAUGAGCUGUGGCAUAUAUACCUAAGGUGAAGUAUUCAGAAUUAAAGUGAAGUAUUUGUUUAUUAUGUAUUAAUAUAACAAACAAAUCAUUUACUUCAAUUAUAAAACAUAGUAAAAUUAUUAACCAUUAUAAUGAUUUUAAAAAAUGGUGACAGCAAAAUCACUGAACAGCAUAAAACCUAAAAAUCCAAACAGUACAGAAAUCGGAACGAGCAGCAGUUAAGGGCCUUAUUUAAACAAGUUUCUAACUGCUGCCUACAACCCAACGAUGAAGGUGUCCCAGGGUUGCUCCAAAGGAGAGGUGCUGCUGCGCAAAGGCCCUCUCCCUGAUGGCCACCUGUCUCACCUCACUUGGCAGGGACAGCCAGAGGGUAUGUUUCUUCUUUCCCUGAUGAACUUCAUCUUCUUCCCCUUCCUAAGCUGCUUUGCCUGUUGAAUUGUAUGUUGUCUUUAUUAGGUACCAUGUAAAGUGCCAUGCACAUGGAUGGUACCACAUUGAUGAUGAUGAUGAUGUCUGAGCCAGCUCAGUUGUCCAUAAUGCAUGGAGAGCGCUCUGUGCAGGGUCUCACCACACAGGAGGUUGAAAUUCGCUAUUACAAAAUUAACUUCUGUAAUGACCUUCAGCAUAGAUGGUGCUGAUCUGAGAUAAAGAGCUUUCAGUCUCCUAGGAAAGAAAGAUUCUACAGCUAUUUUUCUUGCAGAGGAAACUUGCUCUGGCUCUUAGCAGGAGUUGAGUAAUGUUUCAUAAACAUUCUUUUAUUAAGGAAGGCGUUGUUCACUUGGAUGCUGAGGUUCCUUUGUGCCACAAUGAGGGGAGAGUGUUAUCCCAUCAUUAGCUGGUCCCUGUAGGCAGCUAUAUUAUGCGCAAUUUGAUAUUGGUGGAAAUAAACACAGAAACAUUUUUGGAAGAGUGGUGGUGUAUGGGGUGGGGGGCAUUUGCAAACUGUUUUUAAAAAGGUCACUCUCGUUCUCAGAUUUAUUUGGUCCAGGAGCACAGUAAAUUGCAACUCACCAAGGAUUUCUGAUGCAGCUAAACAUUUUCUAUACCCGGUGAAUUACGUGGUGUGGCUUGAGAGUGCGUUUGCGGACAUGCUGAGUUUUUGCCCCACUAAGCAAAUCAUCAACCAAAUCAGGCAGCGGCUGUAUUGACUAUCAAGCCGGCAACCCCCAAUCUUGUUUUUACAAAGUCCUCAUUUUUCAUUCACCCAAGAUACUGGUCCAAGAGUGGUAGACGUGUCCUAACCGUACGUAAUACUGGGCUCCUUAUGGAUACCUACUGUGCCCUGUUGGCCAUCAGUCACCUUGAGGGAAGAACUAGUGCUUGGAAUGCACAUUGAAUUAUUGUUUGGGGAGACAAAUAUUCAAGACAUUACGUGUAGUUUGGUUUACUAAAAUUCUUCCCUGGUGUAUCAGGGAUCUUGUCCUUAUGCAAAAAGCCCCCCUCUUUCCUGUUCUUGAAGGCCUUUCUUCUUGCCAACAGCGAAAGUUAUUUUGUCCAGCUGUGCUCCUGCCAGCCUUAGCACUUCUUCAGUUGUGGGUGGACUGUGUCCACAGCUAGCCAUCUGCCUUUGGAUUAGCAGAUGUCCAGGGUUGCUUUUUCCUUGCUGUGCUGGAAACACGACUCACACAGCACUUUAUUGAAAACCAACACAAAACCUCCUGAUCGUAACGAACUAAAUGGACAGCAGUUUUUGAGAAGCUGAUCUUACCAACUCUAUAGAGUACAAUUUGUGUAAGGUUUUUUUUUUUUUUUUUUUUGGUUUCUUGGAUGUUUCCUCAGCAGCCAAGAGAGUGUAUUAACAUCCCCCAAACAAGAUUAAAGUGGCAUCUUGCAUAUUUGGAUUGGACCCAGACUUAGUUGUACUUGAGUAGACCCACUGAAAUCAAUGAGGCACAUUAGUCAUGACUAAAGUCCCAUUGAUUUCAGUGGGUCUACUCACUGCAUGAUUAAAUCUUCAUCCAACCCACUGUCUUUUUAUAACACGAUGAAUUAUUUCCUUGAUGUUCCAGGAUUGUAUUUAUUUAUUUUUGUAAAGUCUGAACAAGAAAAUAUUUUCUGCUGUCCGUAUGCACUGUUUUUUUGGGUUGGAAUGCACUGUUUUUGGGUGGUAGGGUGUACAUGUAUUGUAUCUUGGAUGAUAUGUCUGCUUUGAAUAUAGACUGGGACUGAAGACAUCCUAAAGCCAGGAUGUCAAAAUCAGGGACUACUUCUGUGUUUGUCCUUUUUCUUUUAAGGAAUAAAUUUUAAACUUUAAAUGUAGAA